AUGGCGAACGCUUGUUGUGGCAUAUCCCCAAUGCAUGUGCGGAUACUGGUCCUGGUGGGUCUGGCCUUCGUCACACAUGCAGCGCCAUUCGAUUUCGAGGAUCAUGGAGAACUUUUUUUUGUUCAAUCGCGGGCGCAUUUCCAGGCACGGCGCGCAGCUUCUUCUGAAGAUGGCGUGUGCAUGCAAAUUGAGGACGUCGAACUCGCCCGCCCUAUUCGUGAUGUGCUGGCCGAGCAUCCAGGCGAGGACGGCUGGUGCAUCUUCGGUGCUCUAGGAAUUUGGGCGUCGAAAUGCGCGGUAGCUCGACGAUCUGGGAGCAUGGUGGGCUUUGCGGCAAUGGGUGAUGCGAUGUAUAGUCGGUAUCUGCCGGUCCCCAAGCUAAUGGGACCCAAAAGGGUACAACUACCAGGCGGGUCUCAGAUCACAAUUCGAGACCACAUCUACCCCUUCGACGACUUAUACUGCUACGCUAUGGGCUGGUAUGGCUUGGACCGCUACCAGGCAGUGCAUAACAUCACUUACGCAGAAGAGGUCUCCAAGCAGUCGUGUGGGUCGCUGGAAAAGUCCUACCAGAACAUCUCCAUGAAGGAGAUGAUGGAUCGAGCUGACAGCGAUGCGGCAGAGCUGGCGUGGAAGGUGUGGAGUGCGUCGCCGCUACCAGAAGUUAGCCAAUCGUUGAUCGAUGGCAUGCGACUUCAUGCAGCAGCCAAGUGCGCGCUCUCCAACGGGCAUGGUGCCAUUUGUGAUGUGGCGAACUGUGCAGAGCGUGGCUGCCUCCUUCCUGAAGGGACAGUCGGCUACACUCUUCGCGGUGAGUGUGCUUCUGUUGUGUGA